AUGGGCGACCUCACGUCGGGCGAUUACUAUGAGAAUCUCGGCGUCUCCCGCACGGCAUCCGCUCAGGAGAUCAAAACAGCGUACCGCAAGUUGGCGAUCAAGUACCACCCGGACAAGAACCCGCUGGACAAGCCGUCGGCCGAAGCCAACUUUAAGAUUGUCGGCGAGGCGUACAAUGUGCUGUCGGAAGAGAACACGCGCAAGAUCUAUGACAUUUACGGCAAGGAAGGACUCGAGGACGGCGCGCAACCGAUGACGAGGGAACGCGCGAUGGAGAUUUUCGAGGAGUUUUUCCGUUUCGGGAAAGCCAUGGACCCGGAAGCCCCCGACCGCUCGAAAGGGCUGAAGCGCGCCGCGGGUGGCGCAGUGUAUGCGCCUGCUAAGGGUCUGCUGUACGGUGGCAGGUCUAUCGUCGGCGGUGUAAUCAUGGGGUCUGCUGCAAUUGUGGUAGGCACUGGCGCAAUGUUUGUCAACGUGGCUUCGGGUAUAAAAGAGAUGGGCGAGGCUGGCGUCUAUGCCGUACGCAAGCACAAAGACAGCCGACACGCGAGCGACAGUGAAACAGAAGUGCCUGGUGCUGCAGUAGGGACUGGACCAACCGGUACUGGCACUGAAGAUGAACAGAGGAUAGUACUUGAUGUCGCGAAUCAGAAGCCGACGCCAACAUUCAUGGGAGGAUUGAAAAAGGCGACGAUUGGCGCCGUGGCAGCUCCCGUUGCGGCGAUCGUCACAGGAAGUGGUGUGCUACUGGCUAGUGGUGUCGCGGCCGGAGGCUACGUGGUCGGUGGGUUUGCUGGUGCCGCGACCAACGUUGCAAGUGGAGUGCGGGAAGUAAAAGCAGCAAACAAGUUGGACAAGAAGCGCCGUGCCUCGAGUGCCGCAAGUACUCGCGAUUCUUCAGCUUCGACAAAGAGCUCGCCGGCGGCGUCAAACGUCUCGACAAAAGUGGGUCCCGUAGCAGACGAUAUGGCCGCAGCAUCAUAG